CGUAGCGAUAACGCUGUGCAAAGCCAUGCACACGCUUAAGUGCAGCAACAUACGCCCCCUUACUCGGGGCUAUAUAAUCUGCGGCUUUCUGGAAUAAACGCUCUUUCCCACACCCGCACCCGUCUCGAGCGUGCUACAUGGUGGCAGCGGCAGCGGUAGUCAUGACCGGCAGCAGCGAGGCAAGCGGAUAGCAGGCCAUCCCGGACCGUUUCCAGCUUCAAAGGACUGCCAGCAUGCCAGACAUGGAACCAGCGCCUUCCCGCCAGCAAAGUGCCCCGGUCACCACGCUACUGCCGCACCCAAGGUCCUUGGACACCAGAGGCGACGUUUGGCAGAGCUGGAGAACAUGGAGGCAAGAAUUCGACCUCUACGCCACGGCUACAUACCUCAGUCAACAGCCAAAAGAGUUUCAGACAAACGCCUGAACCAAGUUUUGCAAGAAACUGAUAAAGACCCGACGAUGCGUCAACUUCGUGAGUACGCAAGCACAAGCUGGCCCGAGAGCAAGGACGACGUCACUCCGGAGUUGCGCAGCUACUGGAACUUUCGUGACGAACUACACACGGAAAAUGGCAUGGUGCUUCGCAGCAACAGGCUCGUGAUCCCUCCAAAGAUGCGUGGUGACAUUCUUUCUUGUCUGCAUGCUGCGCACGUAGGAGGAGAAAAAAUGAAAGCACGUGCUCGUUUAUGUCUUUUUUGGCCUAGCAUGAACAGUGACAUAGAGGAAACAGCGCGACGCUGUCAAUUGUGCGAGCGGCAUAAACCUAAAAAUGCCAGAAUGCCAUUGCACAGCCAUGAUACGCCAAGUUUACCGUGGGAAGUCAUUGGUGCAGACCUUUGUUACCAUAACGGAAAUGAGUACUUGGUCGUUGUCGACUUUUACUCUUUUUUCUUUGAAAUCGUGGCUGUUCAGUCUUCAUCAGCGAGCAAAGUGAUAUCCGCCUUCACGAAUAUCUUUGCUACGCAUGGUUUCCCAAACCGACUCGUCACAGACAAUGGGCCGCCGUUCAGCAGUCAACAGUUUCAAGACUUCAUCAGUAAGAUUGGGUCAAACCACGUUCGAUCAAGUCCGUACCAUCCUCGCUCGAAUGGCAUGGCCGAGCGAGCAGUGCAGGAGGCUAAAAAACUCCUAAAGAAGUAUCGCUUUGGCUCUGUUGACUUCUGUGCCGCCUUGUUAGAGUGGCGGAACUCUCCGCGUGAUGAUUGUUUAAAGUCCCCUUCGCAGCGGCUCAUGGGACGGCUGACCAGGACCCUUCUACCGGUUCCGGCUACUCACCUGCAGCCUCGCACGGUACAACCAAAGGACGUCCAGCAGCGACUGCUAGACAUCCGUCGGAAGCAACGGACCUACUACAACAGGGGUACCAAGCCUCUACCUGAGCUACCACUGGGCGCCAGGGUCACUGUGUAUAACGUGCCCUCGGGAACAUGGUCACCCGCUACAAUAAUCCAAAGAGGUGACAGCCCGCGCUCCUACAUACUUAAAGGCGAAGAUGGACGACAGUUCCAGCGGACGAGAGAACAUCUCAGGCCAUCCUACACACCCAUCGGUCAAGAUGCAGUGGCACCUGUCUCUCCAGUCACCGGGACGCCUGAGUCUCCUAUGCAACAACCGGUCCGAAGAAGCCAUCGAACGCGUCGUCCACCAACAAGAUACCCUGAGCCAGAACUUUAUUAAACUUCGGGCACUGGCUCAAUAAAGAAAAAAAAGGGAGAUGUGACGUAGCGAUAACGCUGUGCAAAGCCAUGCACACGCUUAAGUGCAGCAACAUACGCCCCCUUACUCGGGGCUAUA